AUGAAUGACUAUCAGCAAGGGCUGGAAGUUGAUGACAACCUCAUAAAACCAAAAAGCUCCAAUCUUGUCACUCACAAAGAACCAGCUAUGCCACAGAGCCAAAGUCCAGAGCAUUCGCCCGAGUGUCCUAGUGAAGAUGAAGGAAAGGAAGAGCGCAACUGGAGAGAAGAAGCCGAAGAAGAAGAAGAAGAAGAAGAAGAAGAAGAAGAGAAGCUAAAAGACACCGUGAAAAAUGCAGAGGAACAUGAGGAGCUGUGUCCCAGGAAGAGACGAGUCAGCAAAUCCCUCAUGGACACUCUUUGGGCAAAGUUUAAAUUAAGCGCGUGGCCCACAGUACAAGACAGGCUGUCACUCUCAUUUGAAUUCAGCAUGACAGAUAAACAGAUACAACAAUGGUUUUCUAAAAAGAGGAAGAAGUACAUGAAAGAACUGUCUGAGCAAAAGCGCAGCAAAAGACUCAAGAAUAAAAAAGCUUCCACACAUAAAACUUCUAAGUUGCAGUGA